GAGACUGACUAGAGUGUACAGAAAGUUGGAAUCCGGAAAACAUGUCUACCGUGAAGCCACGUUUUACCUAUUUCGCCGGCAGAGGACUGGGAGAAGUUACCCGCUUGGCUUUGAAUGCUGCUAAAGUGGAAUAUGAUGAAAUUUACCUCCAAUCCAGAGAAGAAUUCUUACAGUUGAUCACAGAUGAUAAACUUUUGUUCAAGCAAGUUCCUCUGUUGGAGAUGGAUGGCCAGAAUCUAACAGGGAGUGAGGUCAUUCUUCGCUAUGUCUGCAACAAAUACAACUUCCAAGCAAAAUCUGACGAGGAACAAGUCAAACUUGAGAUGUUAUGCAUGGGGGCGAGGGAUAUGCUAAAAUCAGGAUUCUCCGGCGCUCAGUUCCAGAAAACACGAGAGGAACAAGAAACGAUGCUACAAGGUGCCGUCAAACAAUGCAAGAACAGAUACUUUCCAGUCUUCGAAAAGGUCUUGGGUGAGAGUAAGUCUGGAUUCCUAGUAGGAGAUUCCCUCACCAUAGUUGACUUCAUGUUCUUUGAUGGUCUCAGCUACGUGAACGAGAUCCCUAAAAUCAAACCAUUGCUAGAUGACUUCCCAAACCUCAAGGCAUACAUCAAACACUUUUCCAACCAACCGGGGCUUAAGGAGUACCUUAACAGCCCCAGACGUCAUGCACCUCCCGAUGACGAGUAUGUACGGGUGGUCAACCUGGUGCUGGACUGGUAAUCGUCAUGGCGGUCGACAACUACUUGGUAGUUAAUUUUUUUUUUCCAUAAAAACUCGGCGGUUAAAGGUUUCCUCGAUUUUUGGGGGAUUUUUUUCUUCUUG